UUUUGACAUAUACAAAUGAAUCAGGAGGAAGAAGAAAGGGGAAAUAAGAAAAAGAGGAGAGAGAUGGGAAGAGGGAAGAUAGAGAUAAAGAAGAUAGAGAAUCGGACAGCGAGGCAAGUGACCUUUUCCAAGAGAAGAAGUGGUGUUAUCAAGAAGGCUAAUGAGCUCUCUGUUCUCUGCGAUGCUCACAUCGGUCUUAUCGUCUUCUCUACCACUGGAAAGCUCUACCAGCACUGCACCGAGCCCCUCACGAUGGCUCAGGUCAUUGACCGAUACUUGCAGACCAGCGGAUUGCGACUCCCUGAUCCUAAUGACAACCGGGAGGAAUUCUGCCACGAGAUAGAAGUACUAAGAAGAGAGACAUGUAAGCUUCAGCUCCGUCUGCGUCUUUACCGUGGACAUGACUUAGCCUCCAUUCCUCCACACGAGCUCGAUGGACUAGAGCAACAGCUCGAACAUUCUGUACUUAAAGUUCGUGAGCGUAAGAAUGAGUUGAUGCAACAACAGAUGGAGAAUCUAAGCAGAAAGAGGCGGAUGCUAGAAGAAGACAACAACAAUAUGUACCGUUGGCUUCAUGAGCAUCGUGCCGCGGUUGUGUUUCAGCAAGCGGGGAUAGAGACUAAACAGGGGGAGUAUCAACAUUUUCUAGAGCAAGUUCAGUACUAUAAUGAUCAUCAGCAACAACCAAACAGUUUUCUUCAGCUUGCUACUCUUCCUUCCGAGAUUGAUCUUAAUUACCAUCUCCACCUUGCUCAGCCUAAUCUUCAAAAGGAUCCAAUGGCAAACAUUUGAUUAAUCCUCGACCAGAUCUACUCUUUCUUUAUUGAGACAAAUAAAUGAACAAUGAAGUAUCGUUUUCUGUCUUUUAUUACCUGCUUUAAUUUGCCAAUGCCUUCUACUUUGUGUAUGUUUGUGUUGACAUGGAACCUUGUUUAAAUUAAUUGAGAAGAUAAUGGUAGUCUUGAUUA